GAACCGCCGUUUUGCUUCUCGUCGCUUGCAGGAGCAACUAACCAUGAAGCGCGCGGCGGAGGACAUCGCUAACCCGGCCACCAAGCGCCGCUUCUACGAGAUGCCCGUCAAGCGCAACACCAUGCCCGGCGCAUGGCCGGAGAAGAUCCACGAUGAUCUGCUGGACCAUGUCGCGUACUCAUCCCUUCUCUACCCGCAACCACAGUCUUCGCCCACAAAGCCAGGCUCGCCAAAAUCAAAGCAACUGCGCAAGUCUCCACCCCCACGCUUCCCAUUUCCCACUGAGUUCAUCAACUCGUUGCUCGCAAGCGUGAUCAGCCGCUUCCGAGCACCCUUUCCACGCGUAGACGCGCACCCACAAUCACACGAAGAAUCUCAGUCGGAGAAUCGGGGCAAGGCGUCGGCGACCAAAGACGUUGCUGUGCAUGACACUCCCGACAGAAGUGCCGAAGCUCGAAAGAGCCGCGCGGGAAAGACUCCCAUCACGAAAUCCAGAACCAGCAACGAGGAGCUGCGCUCGGAGCCUGAAGAAAAGCAAACCACACAUUUCAAGAAGUUUUUUGAUCUACCACCCGCGUUCGUGGACACACCUAUACGCCCAAAGAAGUUACCAGCUAGUUACGUGGGAGAGAACAAGCGUGUCCUUCUUAACAGCCUUAAGAAAAGGCCCCGAGGCUAUGGCACUGGUCAAUAUGACCCAGCAGAUAUUGUCCCGACGCCGGUCAAAGCUGCACGAAUCCCUAAGUCGCCCAGGCGUUGGUCGCCCUACCAUUACGAGCAUGGUGUCAAUCGCCCUGUGCAGUCUAUUCUUCGUUCCUCAAGGCCGUCCCACAGGCCAUUCGAACCAACUCUCUUCAUCGAAUCACCACAGAAAUACCUUGACGAGGAUGAAAGUCCCGUCGAUCAAGAAGGCGACCUCGAGAUGAUGGAGGCCGACAUCCCACGAAAAUCUACCAAGAUCUCAUUCUCUGGCAAGCAUUACAGCUGGCUAACUGGGGAGACGAUGGACAGCAAGCAUGGAGUUUGGAAGUACUAUGUGCCUCAACUUGCGAUCAACGAGCCGCUGGGACCACAGUACAGUGGCUACCGCGAACCGAAACCAGAGUUCGACCCAGAUGAAUCAUUCCUAGAGUCACCCAAACCCAAGGGAUUCGGUCAAGAGCAAGAGAAAUCGCCUUCCAAGACGUAUGUGCACGACGACGACGAGGAUGAUGGUUUGACCAGCACCAUGGCUUCAUGGUAUAGGGAAGCAGACAGCAGGCUCGACGCGGAUAAUGAGAUGUCAGCGGAAAUGAAAGCCCGCUACGCAAAAGAAAUGGAGGAACGUGCUAUGGAGGAAAUUCGCAAACGACAUGCCAAGGAACAGGCGAUUCGCGAUGAGAUCGCUAGGAGGAACAGGGAGGAACACGAAGCCAUGAUGGCUCGACAGAGAGAGCGUGAGAGAUUGGAGCUGAUGGAGAGGGAAAGGCUGGCCGCCGAGGAGGCGGAGGAGGCGAGGCGAAGAUUCCAAGAGAUGGCCGAACUUGAACAGCAUCUAGAGGCUGUGCGCGAAGCUGAGCGGACUAUCAUCAAGGCAAAUUUCACUCCAGACCACGUGCUCGUCAAGAAAACCAUCCAGUGCCUGAAGAAGACCAACCCGGAUGAGGUGGUCAUCGAGAAUGGGCAGCUUUCCCGCCACGACCUGGGCACCCUCCUUCCAACUGGCCGAAGCGAUAGUGCCAGCGGCUGGCUGAACGACAACAUCGUCAACACCGCCCUCAGCCACCUUGUAAAAGCAGCAAAUCUCAAAGCAGGCCACAACAUGUCCCAAACGACCACCCCAGCACCUUUUUGGGCAUUCAACAGCGGCUGGUUCAACACGAUUGGCGAUGGCUCCGGCAUCAAACGUUGGGCGCGCAAGCGCGGCGUUAACCUUGGCGGCACAAAUCUUCUAUCAGCCAAGAAGAUUCUAUUUCCAGUGUGUCUGGGUGCGCACUGGACCAUCACGGUGCUGGACUGCGAGAACCGCACCAUAGAAACGAUGAACAGUCUCGACGUAUCAGAGAACUCGCACUACAACGCCCAGAUCGGGCACAAGGUCAUGGCCUGGCUGCGCUUCGAGCUGGGCAAGGACUUCAUCCCCUGCGAGUGGCAGGCCCGCAGGCCUGUCACAUGCCUUCAAACCAACGCCAAAGACUGCGGCGUCUUCACGAUCAUGAACGGCAUCGCACGGGUCAAGAACAUACCCACCUGGUCGAUGCGUCAACAGGUAAAUGCAGCGCGCAUGGGCACCGCCAGGUGGUGGAUUGCAGCCCUUCUGGUCAACGGCGGGUUCACGCCUGGAGAGUGGGACCUGCACGUGGACUUUAAACGGAAGUGGGACGGUGCUUUCAUCGAGGAUCCGGACUACAUUUUGUAGAGGGUGUUGGACUUGGACUUUGUAUAGCAUUGCGACGAUGACAUGAUUAUUGAUACCCCGUGCCUGAUCGCGUCAAGCGUGGCACCAGCGAUAGCAAUCAAAU